AUGGCCAUUACUGUGGGUGUUGCUGGAAUCACUGGCAAAUUUGCCCGCCUUGUGGUGAAGAACCUUCUCAAUCACCCUGACCUUAGCAUUCGGGGCUUUUGUCGCGAUCCCAGAAAAUUACCAGAACAAAUAAGCGCGUCGACCCAGGUGACAAUCAUCCAGGGUGACGCAAACGAUCUCAACGCAUUGCGCCGCUUCGUCAAAGGUUGCGAAGUGGUCAUAUGCUGUUAUCUUGGCGACAACACCUUUAUGGUGGAAAGCCAGAAGCUGCUUGUUGAUGCCUGCGACAUGGAGAAUGUUUCUCGGUAUGUCGCAAGUGACUAUUGUCUUGAUUUCACCAAGCUCCAAUAUGGCCAGCUGCCUGCCAAAGACCCCAUGAAGCAUAUCAAAGCGUAUCUGGAAACCAAGAACAACGUCAAAGGCGUGCAUGUACUCAUUGGCGUGUUCAUGGAGACCUUCUGGAGCGAAUAUUUUGGCGUUUUUGACCCGAGAGACUGUAAAUUCUCGUUCUACGGAACCGGUCAUGAGAUUUGGGAGUCAACCACAUAUGGCACCGCAGCUGAAUAUGUUGCCGCGGUUGCCAUCGACCAAAGUGCUGCAGGUAUACUGCAUUUCUUGGGAGACCGAAAGACUAUUUUUCAAAUUGCGGACGAAUUCGGAAAAAUAUAUGGAAAGGAGCCACAGCUCGAGCGGCGAGGUUCCCUUAAAGACCUGUAUGACACGAUGCACGCAACAUAUGAGAAAGAUCCUCAAAACAUCUAUGCCUAUCUUGCAAUGUUCUACCAAUAUUACUGCACUAACGGUCAAGCGCACCUGAAAGAGGAUCUAGACAACCUCAAGUACCCUGAUAUCAAACCGAUCACGUUCAGAGACUUUCUUAAGUCAAAUAAAUUGGAAGACCUGAACGAUGUGUACCAUCAAUAG